AUGAUCCUGUACGGAGUAGGAACAGGGAAUGAUGGUGGAUCUACCAAUCACAUAUCAGACGGAGGAGGAAGAGUUGCACUGAAGAAAGGGCCAUGGACGGCGGCAGAAGAUGAGAUACUUGCGGCGUACGUUAGAGAGAACGGUGAAGGAAAUUGGAACUCCCUUCAGAAACAUACAUGCCUUGCUCGCUGCGGCAAAAGCUGCCGUCUCCGUUGGGCCAAUCACCUCCGACCUAAUCUCAAAAAAGGCUCUUUCACAGGUGACGAAGAACGUCUCAUUAUCCAGCUUCAUGCUCAGCUUGGCAACAAAUGGGCUCGUAUGGCCGCUCAGUUACCUGGACGAACAGAUAAUGAGAUUAAGAACUAUUGGAACACGAGGUUGAAACGUCUUCAACGCCAAGGACUUCCUCUCUAUCCUCCAGAUGUCAUCCCUAAUCAUCAGCUCCAUCCACAUCCACAACAUCAUCAUCAUCAACAACAUCAACAAAUGUAUUUCCAUCCACACUCAUCACAACCAAACACACCGUCAUCUUCUCCUCUUCCAUCUCCAACACCAGUAAACGCAAAUCCCUCAUCAUCUUUCACUUUUCAUACCACAAACGCAUCAACCGCUAAUCUCCUCCAUCCUCUAAGCCCUCACACUCCAACCACACCGCAAACGCCUUCUCAGCUCUCUUCCAGGCCACCUCCACAGCCACUCUCAUCUCCUUUAUCUUCCCCUCUCAACAACCAAUACCCGACUCUUCCUCUUUUCAACAACAAUAACAAUAACACUAACUUUACUUUCCCUAGACCUCCACCUCUCCUCCAACCGCCUUCUUCACUCUUUGCCAGACGCUACAACAAUUCUAACACUCCUCUCAAUUACACCAACCGCGUUUCAACCGCACCAUUUACCCCUGUUUCAAGAGACUCUUACACUUCCUUUCUGACAUUGCCUUACUCUUCCUCUGCUGCUCCAAACACUCGACCCAUUACUUACCAUAACACUAACAAUAAUUACUCUUCGUUCUCAUUAAACCCUUCAUCUUCUUCAUAUCCUACAACAACUUCUUCCCCAAGCUUUCUUCACUCCCACUACACUCCUAAUUCUUCUUCCACCUCCUUUCAUACCAACCCGGUUUACACCAUGAAGCAAGACCUCCCUUCAAACCAAAUCCCUCAGAUAUGUGCUUUUAAUAAUGUCAACAACUUCACAGACAAUGAGAAAGGUCUUCACAGACGAAGUAUAAGCUGCAGCCUCUUAGAGGAUGUCAUGGAAGAGGCUGAGGCUGUAGACGGUGGAGGCGGAGGCCGACCUCCUAAACGGAGACAACUAACAUAUUCUCCUCUAAACAAUCAACACAACAACAACAACAACAAUCACAAUGACUUCUUCUCAGUCACUUUUGGACAAUAUGAUUCCUCUGAAAAUAUAUGUUCCUUACAAGAUUUGAAACCAAAGGAAGGGGAGUCUCUUGAAAUGAACACGAUGCAAGACGACAUAGCUAAGCUUCUUGACUGGGGAAGUGAUAGUGGAGAGAUCUCUAAUGGACAGUCAUCUGCUGUCACUGAUGAGAAUCUAGUUCUUGAUGUUCAUCAGUUCGCUUCACUAUUUCCGGCGGAUUCCACAGCUGCAGCAAACGACAACAAUGAUAAUAAUAACUUCUCAUGGGACGACUUGGAUUGAGUCAGCUGGAAAAAAGAUAAAAAAGA